AUGACACCCCUACUCCCAGUGUUCCUGGUGGUUCUGGUGGGCCUGCCUGUGGCCCAGGCUCUGGAGUGCCACGUGUGUGCCUACAAUGGAGAAAACUGCUUCAAACCCAUGCGAUGCCCAGCCAUGGCCACCUACUGCAUGACCACACGUACUUACUUCACCCCAUACCGGAUGAAAGUGAGGAAGUCGUGUGUACCCAGCUGCUUUGAGACUGUGUAUGAUGGAUACUCCAAGCAUGCAUCUGCCACCUCCUGUUGCCAGUAUUAUCUCUGCAAUGGGGCUGGCUUUGCUACCCCAGUGACCUUGGCCCUGGUCCCAGUACUCCUGGCCACCUUCUGGAGCUUGCUGUAAAGCUCUGUUCCCCUAGGCAGACCCACUCAAACACAAAGCUCUUAAAAGACACAGUUGCAUCCUCUCACCCUCUUGCUCCACCCAACCCUCUUCCCUCUGAGACUCCUCAGCCACAAUGAGGGCCCAUGGCUAUCUACAACAGACUGAUGACACCCAGAUACCUCACUCCAAGGCCAUAACCUUUUGUUUUCAGAAGGCUGAUACACGGAUCUAAAUCUCUUUACCCAGGAUCAGGGGCAUCCGGGAGAGUGCUGUUUGCGGGCCGAGGGGCAUCACUCAGUCAGUUAAGGAACACUGAUUUGAAGGAAUUAGUGGCCAAAUUCCACCUUCAUGGCAUCAGGACCCUGCCUCAGUCUACCCAGCAGAGGAUAGGUCUGCUAGAGGGGGGUGAAAGAUCAUGAACUGAGUAGAAGCAAAGAAAGACUCAGCAGAGCUGUUUCCUACUGAGUCUAGCAGCUGCCCAGAGCAAGUAUGAGACGGAGGCCAUGUGAGAAAGCCUUUUGUCAUUUCCAGCUAGCUCAGGAACUCUGCCAGACCUGGUGUCAGGACAGCUCUUGGCCAAGGGUAGCUAGCAAUGGCUUUAUUUCCACGGGCCACUAAGAUCUCUCCAGCCCCAGCAGCUUAGCAGGCCCCUUGACCUCCACUACACCCCCUCACCCUCACACUAGCUGCUGGGCCUUGAGGCUGGCAGGGACAUGAGGGCAGGUGGCCCAUGCUAUAUUUUGUCUGGCCUGUACACUGGCCAGAGCUAUUCUGGGCAUGGCAGAAAGGGAACAGAGGCAGGUCAGA